UCGCCUGAUCGCCUGAUCACAUGAUCGAGUGUUUUGGUAUUUUUUUCAAUGAAAGUUGUCUUUAUACGACAGCAGUUUCCCUUUACGUCUAUGUGUACAUAGUUGCUUGCAUGAUAUUAGAUCACUUGUACGUCAACUAAUUCCUCAUGACAUGAUUCCUGAUCGCCUGAUCGCCUGAUCACAUGAUCGAGUGUUUUGGUAUUUUUCAAAAUACCCCCUCUAUUUAAAUUAUAACUCGUUUUUCAUUGGUUUAUAUUUUCUUAAACGUGUUUACGCGAUAUAAAACAUGUAAAAUACCCAAACAUUUAACAGUGUUUUCAAGCUACUACGCGUUGCAGUUCAGGCAAUCAUAUUGAAUAGAACUUCUUCUGAACCCGCCAGUCCAAAAAUACAUCUAUAAUGUCAUAUGGAGAAGAAAAAGAACAAGCAGCAGCAUACAGACAGAUGAAAUACAAAUACGUACCACCUACACCACCAGACGAUUUAAUAGAUGUCAGCUCUUUUAACAUCGAUUUCAAAGAACGUAAGUUUAUACAAAUCGGCUUUGAUUCAAAUACUCUACAAAUUAAAAUUCAUAUUAUUACGCCAUGGCGGCAUUUAAGCGUAAAUGAAGGCUUUUUAAGACGAUUAUUUGGAUACAUGGAACAGUUGUUGAAUAAUGUGUUGGACAACAAGCCCAUUCGAGCAGAGUCGGUAAUUAUUAACGACGAUGAUGAAGUAAUCAUUUCAAAAGCGUUUUACAAAUCCGAAAACGUACUGAUAUUACAAUCAAGAUUUAAUAAAGAUUGUAGAAUUAUUUUAACUAGUAAAAACACAUUAAAGCUACAAGAACUAGAAUUCAUUAUUCAUGAAACUAUUGUUCAAAAGUCGACAUAUUCUAAAAUAUCAAUUCAAUCACAAAUGGAGAAAAUGGUAAAUUAUUUACUAAAACAAAAAAUGGACAUAUCAAAUCAAGAUUCCGUGAAAAAAUUUAUUCGUAAACAAGAAACAUUUUCCAACUAUACAAAUUCAAAUAACAAUGAACCAGACUUUACUCUUCAAAUUAAAAUGCAUGCUAGUAAUUAUCUAGCGAAUGAAGUUUACAAAAAACACAAUGAAAAUAAGGAUUAUGAUGAAAACGAUGGACCGUAUAUGUAUGAUUAUAGAAGUUCUCCGGUUCCUUAUGAAAAUUUUAAAAAUCAUUUUCAAAUAAGUCCACGCUCGCCAUCACCCAAACGCAAGUUGUCGCCUGUUUCACAGGCUAAUUGGAGCUUUAGAUAA